AUGAAAAAUAGUACAGCCAAUAUUUUGGAAAAAGAAACUGUUAUACUUGAAACGAAAGGUAUUCACGGAGAAAAUUGCUCAGUCAAAAAUAUAGAUUGGCAAAUAUUAGCAAUGACAUGUAAUCGGAAAGCUGUCGAAGAUGUCUGUCAAAGACCUAGAAAAAUAAUACUAGGAGAAAUUAAUGCUUUCGGAGUUUCCUCAAAACGACAACAAAUGAUGUCUCUGCAGUACGAAAAUGUAUAUACCGUGCUCGUCGUCAAAUUUUACCGAUGGAGCCAACAUGUUUAA